GGAGGAGAGUGAAAGCUUAUCUUAGAAGGAGCCUUCCACCGCUAGGGAAGCCAUUGCCCUGGGGCGUGUAACUUAAAAUACGCUUUCCGAAGUCCUCAAAAUCAUGACAAGUCUUGUUUUCUUUCCCAUAAAAUUUCUAAACUUGCCCAAAUCAUCUUACUACUCGUGCCCCGCGAACAAGGAGCUCUGUAAGCCAUCAUUGGCAGCCGUCUUAUCAUCAUGUCUUCAUCAAAUGGAGCCCAGAAACCAAUCCACUCCAGAGUGAAACUUUUCUACCGCAUCAAUGUUCCCCAUGAGCCAGAAGAAUUUAUCCAGGACCCCUUGCCUGCACAUGUUGAGCUUGAUAUCCCAAUGACAUGCACAGUCAAAGACCUGGCUGAUAUCAUGGAGAAGAACUCGAGAAAAAUCAUCCCUUCUCUUUCCGUCGGCACCCGGCUCUGCUUCCGCACUAUGGACCGGUCAAUUUACAGCACAAAGCCAAAAUACCUUCCGUCACCUUACGGCAGUUACGUUAUCGGUCGAGGUUACCCAGGAAUCGAUUUACCCGCACGAGACGAGAAUGACCCAGCGAGCCCCAAGCCAAAGCUCCGAUGGCUGGAUGGCGCUUACAUUGUCUGUACCAUCUUUCCGCCACUACCCAGCGACGAAGACGAACUCAUUGUACCACCUGCGCUGCCGCAUAAGAUCAGCAGGCUAGGGCCUGAUCAGCCUGGAAAGGGUAUCGUAGUAGGGGGUGACCGGACGGCAAAUGGAAAGGGAAAAGGACGUGAAGACGAGGAUGAGGAUCCCCGUCCGCCGCGCCGCGGCAACACCCGUGUCUCCAAGGGUACGUCAAGGGGACCUACUUCAAGAACGCGGGACAAUGAUCGCCGAGCUAAUUAGGAGUUUGAAUCCCGAGAAGAUGCCUCGGGGGGUGGAGUCCACGGUCAGAAGAAUGGUGUAGGGGGUUGUGUUGAUGAGAUGAUAAAUUCGGAAGUUGAUCUGGAGUGGGAGGCCUUGAAACGUCAAUUGCAAGACAAUCCGGAGCGAGCCCUGGAUGGCGUAUUGGAGAUCACAAGGCGUCUAGCCGCGUGUUUUCCUUCGAAUGGAUCUGGUGCUAAAGCCAGCAGGGCUGGUCCCAAGAAAGGCGAAGGAUCUUCCAACAAUACAGCCAGAGCGAGAGAUAAAGGCAAGGAAAAAGAAAAGGAGGAUCCCAAGACACCGGAGAGUUGGAAGCCCUAUGAAUAUGACCGUUUCCAGAAGAAGAAAUAGCCUGAUUGAUAAAGGGCCUCUGUUGCGGUAUCAAAUUCUGUGUUAGAAACCACCGCAUCACUACACAGCAGCGUAAAUCAAUCAUAGAGCGACGAAGAUCACCAUAGAGCACCGGCAAAGAUUAUGUUGUAUUUUUAAGAUUACGAUAGAUUACAUACUGGGGGAAAAUGAGG